AUGUCUCCAGAACAUGAGACCAUCUUUACAGGUCAGUUAGGAGCUUUAAACAUCUUCUUCCCUGCACAGAUUUGUCCUGAUCGACUUCAAGAGAUGAAAGAAGCUAUAAUGAAUCAAGAAAAGCUUGCCAAAUUGCAGGCACAAGUCCGCAUUGGCGGAAAGGGCAGUGCUCGCAGAAAGAAGAAGGUUGUGCACAGAACAGCAACAGCAGAUGAUAAGAAGCUCCAAUUUUCUCUCAAAAAACUUGGAGUUAACAACAUUUCUGGUAUUGAAGAGGUAAAUAUGUUCACAAAUCAAGGAACAGUUAUUCACUUCAAUAACCCCAAAGUCCAGGCCUCACUUGCUGCCAACACCUUCACAAUCACUGGGCACGCUGAGAGCAAACAGCUGACAGAGAUGCUGCCUGGUAUCCUCAACCAGCUGGGAGCAGACAGCCUGACAAGUCUAAGGAGACUUGCAGAGGCUCUUCCUAAACAGGAAGGAGAUGGUAAAGCACCCAUUGCAACAGUAGAAGAGGAGGAUGAUGACGUUCCAGAUUUGGUGGAGAAUUUUGAUGAAGCGUCGAAGAACGAGGCAAUCUAG